UGACCUUGUUUUUCCAAAAGGCCUGUUGAGCAUGCAUUGUAUAUCUGCUUUAAAUAUUUACUGUGUCCCAAAGAUAAGAAUGAUACCCCUAAAGAUAGGGAUGUAAUUUCCCCCCAUGUUAGCAUUUCUUUAAGGAUAAGCAUCUCUUCCUGGGAACUAAAGAUUAAUUACAGACCUGCUGUGCUCACCUUGUGACCACUGACCUGUUGACCACCGAUUUGCUGUGCUAGCUAAGUAUCUCGUGACACUUGUAAAAGGGAGAUUCCUGUCAUAUGUGAUGUAUGCUUUUUGUUCCAAGAUGCUAUAUAACCACUCUGUACACCCCACUUCUUUGGUGCCCUUCCUUUCUUGAUGAAGGAAGGCCCUGAGCUGGUCCUCAGAUCUGGCUCAUAAUAAACUCACCACAAUUUUGAUUUAUAGAUUGAUUAUUGAUUAUUUGCAUCAACAGUCUCAUUCACGGAUUUUAUUGCUUUGACAAAUGAGUCAAAUUACUCACAGCUUAGGUUUCUUUACCUGUAAAGUGAAACUACUACUCUUUUCCUGAUGGGCUGCAUGGCUCACAAUCCCCUUUUCUGGCUCCAGGUGAGACAGGACUACUCUUGUUGUUUUAUGGCAGUAGUUUGGAUCUUCUUGAGUGUGCAGGGUUAUUUGGAAAUUUCAAGCUAUAAAGGGAUGAUUUCCAGGCAGGUGAAUGUGGGAAGUAUGGUCAUCUCUGGGGCCUCAUGCCUUCUUUCUUUUCUCCUAGGUCUUCUUUUUACGGACCCUUUCUGCCUUCCUGAGGAAUAGACGGAGUCAGAAAGGAUGGUGACUGACUGUUUGACAAAUUGUUCCCAGGUGAGAAGAAAGCGUAUUCUACUAAAUGACGAUUCUGUGACCUUUGACGAUGUGGCUGUGAACUUCACCCAGGAGGAGUGGACUUUACUGGACCUAACUCAGAGAAACCUAUACAGAGAUGUGAUGCUGGAGAACUACAAGAACCUGACAGCAGUAGGGUAUCAGUUGUUCAAACCCAACCUGAUUUCUUUGUUGGAAGAAGAAGAGUUGAGGACAGUGGAGAGAGGAGUCUUCCAAGAAUCGGAAAUGCUUCUUAAAAACAAGGACUCAGCAGAUUGUCUGCAGGAUAUUUUAGGGGGAAAAACGUCCAGUAGGAUAGAAAUGGGAAGAAUCCACAAUGGAUGGGAACUCUGUGAGUGUAAGGAAUUUGGAAGAGACUUGAGGGAACAAUCAUGCCUUAAGACACACAGGAGAACUCAAAAUGGAGAGAACACUUAUGAAGAUAAUCAGUAUGGAAAAAGCUUCCUUACACUGCAGAAGAAAUUCUCUACUAGAGGGAAACUUUCUGUAUUUAAUCAGUGGGGAAAUGCCAUCAACCUGACUCCAAAUAUUGUGUCUUGGAAAAAUAGCAUGCUACAGAAAGCUUUUGACUGCAGUGACAGUGGGAAAGCCUUUGUUAAUCAGUCUUACUUUCCGGCACAAAUGAGAAGUCACAAUAAAGAAAAACUCUAUGAAGGGAAGGAAUAUGGGACAGCUUUUAUUCACUCCACAAGCCGUGGUGUACGUGUACAAAGUCACGCUGCUAAGAAACGUUAUGAAUGUAAGGAAUGUGGGAAAAUUUUUUGGUAUUCUGCAUACUUUAAAGUUCACAUGGGAAUCCACACUGGGAAGAAACGCUAUAAAUGUAAGGAAAGUGGGAAAGCCUUCAUUAAUUCUUCUUACCUUGCUAAAUAUAUAAAAUCUCAUACUGGAGAGAGACCCUUUGUAUGUAUGAAGUGUGGAAAGUCCUUUAGACGUUCCUCAUACCUUAAUAUUCACAUUCGAAUUCACACUGGAAUAAAACCCUAUGAAUGUAAGAAAUGUGGGAAAGCCUACACUGCAUCCUCAAGUCUUACUAAUCAUAUAAAAACUCAUACUGGAGAGAAGCCUUUUGAGUGUACUGUGUGUGGGAAAGCAUUUGCCAGUUCUUAUUGCUUUAUCACUCACAUGCAUACACACACGGGAGAGAAACCAUAUGAAUGUAAGAAAUGCGGAAAAGCCUUCAUCUCUAUGUCAAAUCUAAGUCAACACAUAAGAAUUCAUGCUGUAGAGAAACCCUAUAAAUGUAAGGAAUGUGGGAAAGGCUUCAUUAGGCAUUCAGACUUGACUAAACAUAAACAAAUUCACACUGGAGAGAAACCCUAUGAAUGCAAUGAAUGUGGGAAAAGCUUCAUUAGGAAUUCAGACUUAACAAAACAUAAACGAAUUCAUAUUGGAGUGAAACCCUAUGAAUGCAGUGAAUGUGGGAAAGCCUUCAUUAGGCGUUCAGUCUUAACUGAACAUAAACGUAUUCACACUGGAGAGAAACCCUAUGAAUGCAACGAAUGUGGGAAAGCCUUCAGUAGCCGUUCAGGCCUAACUAGACAUAAACGAAUUCACACUGGAGAGAAACCCUAUGAAUGCAAUGAAUGUGGAAAGGCCUUCAUUGGGCACUCAGACUUAACUAAGCAUAAAAAAAUUCACACUGGAGAGAAACCCUAUGAAUGCAAUGAAUGUGGGAAAGGCUUCAUUAAGAAUGCAGACUUAACUAAACAUAAACGAAUUCACACUGGAGAGAGGCCCUAUGAGUGCAGUCAAUGUGGGAAAUCCUUUAUUAGGCAGUCAGACUUAACUGAACAUAAACGAAUUCACAGUGGAGGGAAACCUUUUGAAUGCAAUGAAUGUCAAAAAUCCUUCAUUAGGAAUUCAGACUUAACUAAACAUAAACGAAUUCACACUGGAGAGAAACCCUAUGAAUGUGUGGAAUGUGGGAAAGCCUUCAGUGUUUCCUCAAGCCUAACUGCACAUGCAAGAAUUCACACUGGAGAGAAACCCCAUAAAUGUAAGCAGUGCGGGAAAGCCUAUACUUUUUCAAGAAGCCUUCGGAGACAUGUACGUAUUCAUGCUGGAGAGAAACCUUUGAAUAUGAAUGUGGGAAAUUAUUUACUCCUUUCUCAUAUCUGAGUACACAUUUGAGAACUCACACUGGAAAGCAGCCAUUUGACUGUAAGAUACAUGGAAAGCAUAUUUGUAUUUCUCAACGUUUUGCAUACAUAUAUGAACUCACAUAGAAGAGAAAGCAUAUGAAUGUAAGCACUGUAGGAAAGCCUACAGUAUUUCCUCAAGAGUAACUGAACAUGUAAAAAUUCGCACCGGAGAGAAACCAUGUCAGUGUAAGGAAUGCAGGAAACACUUCAUUUGGUCCUCAGUCCUUAGUAAACGUGUAUAAACUCACAAUAGAGAGAAGCCUUACAAAUGUGAGGAAUGUGGAAAAGCCUGCAAAUGUCCAUAUUUGUUUCAAAUACAUAAAAGAACUCACACUAAUAGAUGCCCCAUGAAUUUAAGCAGUAUGUGAAAGCAAUCAGAAUUUGCUACAACACAGCAUGUAAGAAACCACAGUGAAGACUUUAAAUGUUAAGAAAUCUGUAUAGCUGUAGCAUAUAGAGUAGUUCUGUAGUUGUAUUUUGAAUAUGUACCAUUCUGCUCUGACCAUUUUUGGGAAUGAUAUGGCUUUCCUUUCCCUGAUAGCAAUGCUAAGCCAGUGUAGUUUCUACACCUCUAAGUUGCAGCCUGGUCAAUAGUGGCUCUACCAGAUUUAGUUACCUGGAUUUUCUUGUUAUUGACCUGGUUUAAGAUUGUGAAGAUAGUGACCGCUUGAAUCAGUUCACUACUCACAGAUUCCAUCCAUAGUGCCUCAUGCCAGCCAAUGUGAGGAACAUAAUGUUUCUGUAUAUGGUCUAAAAAUGCUUUUGUUCUUCCCACCUGAUCCUUUUGGAUAACAGGUCAGGGUGCAAACAAGGGAAGAGUUUAGAAAAAGUGAGAUUUUGCCUACUAUUGGGAGACACCAUGAUUUCAUGCCUUUGUGGGAGAAUAACCACCUUAUCAGCUGGAGAGGACCUUUAAGCUUAGGCUGUGAAGGAAGUGGGUGAGAACAGUGAAUGUUCUUUUUCACCCCUGUGUCCAUCACCACAGCCUGGCAUGAGAACCGUAUCUUUCUAGCUCAAGCCACAGCUGCUGCUGUUGGUGUAACCUGCUUCUGUGCUUGUCAUUCCAUCCAUGUGCUGUGAAAAUGGAGAGACUCAUGCAAAUAUAGCUGGUCCUCAAAAUAUGCUGUACUUGAUACCAUCACUGGAAGUUCCUAAAUGUGAACCUUUAGUGCAGACCACAGACCAGCACAACCUUGUUACAGUCUCAAUGAUACAAAUUCGUAGAGUUCUGAUGCUUGACCAGCCUUGGGUUACAUCAUGUAUGGCCAUCAAGGCUGCAGCUGCUUGCAGACAUUUUCUUGAGGUUUAAUCAAAUCGUUAUAAUGGAAGUACAAAUGAAGCUUAAGAAAUCCUGAACACAAAAUACUUUUGCACCUUCAUCUGUCUUGUUCUGACUCAUCUUGUUGAAUAUGUAGAGUAUGCAAGAUUCUGAUCACUCUUCCCCUGGGCCAUUUCUUAUAAGUGUAUUUGCAGUGAGGAACCAUGGAAGAUGAGAUCAUCUCUCCCAUUGAGUUGAAGAGCCAGCUUGCUUACUACUUGAAAUAAACCGGGUUCCACAAUGUUAGCAUUCAUUUUCUGUAAUGCAACCCAAUGUGCAGACGUCUAUGGGGGCCCUUUCUGUCAUCUUUGAGAGACUUGGGGACAAAGGUAACCAGUACAAUUAUGCUGAUGCUCAUGCUGCUGGCCAUACCAUGAGUAAAUUAAAUCUUUUGUCUGUGACUUCAGCAUCUUAGAUCAUCUGCCAACAUUAAUGAAAUAGUGACAAGAUAACAUAAUAUCUCGGAAGAAGGGAAUAGUCAAACUACAUAUCCAACAGUUUUGGUGAUGAGAAUGGCACAUUGAUAGAGACAUGGCUUUCUGGAAGAAAAGGAACAAUGGUGACCUGGCUGGGUGUGAAGACAUAAGAAUAUCUGCAACCCAUAUUGGAAAUUUCUUUCCCCAUAUGUUUCCUCAUGAUAUGGGUGAGAGAGGGAAAUAAGGAUCCUUGCUGUCCUACUUAUUAAUGAAGCUCUUCAAUGAGUAUGUCAGUAGAUAUACCAGCAUGGUUUUCCUUAAUUUCUUAAUCUUACUGUGCACUUAGUUUUCAAAUGUGUAUUUUUAUACAUACUUAAUCUGGAAUUUUGAAAUAUCUAAGUUUUUUAAAUACAAUCUUUAAAGUCCAUUUUUUUUUAAACUUGGAACAUUGAGUCUGUAAUGCAAUUACUAGUAAAUUUGGAUUUUUGUCUAGCAUCUAAUUUUUUUCAGUAGUUAACCCAUUUUUCUUCUCUCUCUGCUCUUAUUUUUUUUUCAUAUGAUUUUACUGUUUCUGAUUGAAAUUUAUAAAACACUAAUUUUAUUCUGGUUGCUACCCUAAAAUCCUUCGACGUUUUUCAUUUAACUCUGAAUUAAAACUUUUUCUCUCCUACCAAGUGUACUGGGUCUUAGGAAUACAGUAAUGCCAUUAUUUGACUUCUGAGCAACACACUGGCAGAGAGACCCAGAAAUAAGUCCAUAGUUAGAGGAGCUUCUAAACAGGUCCAAGUGCAAGAGGAACAGGUCACCCUGAGAAGUGGGAGAGCUUCCCUUUGGGAGAAGUUAUGUGUGACAAGGACAUGGAUGCCCCUGUGGAGAAGUGCUAGGUAUCAUCAAAGACUGAACUGAAAGCACUAUCAUAUGAUAAAUAUUGGCCACCUCCUUAAGAGGACACACCAGUGGAGAUUGCCUGAUUGCCCUGCUGUGGAAAAAACUUAGUGAUGAUGAUGGGGACAGGUAUGCUUAAUCUACAGCACUGCCUGGAUCUUACUGGCUUCAUGUUAACCUUUUCUAUCCCAGACGGCUUCUCCCGAUGAUCUCCCUCAGCCCCCAGUGGUGCCAUCUAUUGGGUUUCCCAUUGGUGGUGUUCCCUGGUCUUUUGGGGACCACUGCAGCUCUGGCCUUUUCUUCACUCCUAGCCCUGACUUGCCUUCCUCCCAACUUUUCUCCCUUAACUCUUCUGCUACUUACAUAAAAGGUGGCCUGUGGAUCCCUGGGUAGAGGGAGCUUACAAAAGAAAUUGUUGUCCCUGAGCAGUGUCUUUUUCCACAAGAUGUAACAGCAGAAAGGCUGUUUAGUACAAGAGCCUUGAAGUGAGGCUGAAUGUUCUUCAUUAGAAGUAAGGAGUAGAGCAGGGUCACCAUGCAUUUGUGUUCAAUUAGAGAAAGUAGAUAUUUCAUUUCACUCUUUGAGCUUCUCAACCAGUUAACUUCUGCCCCCUUGGAACAUACCACCUUUCACCAUUACCCCUUAAGGGAAGAUGGAAUUGCUUUCAUCAAUGAAAUCAGUUUCAUCAUUCUUUCCUCAUGGUAAUGGAAAAGGUAAGGGGACAGCUUGGGGCUUUACUUCUUCCUCAAUAUAGCACAUCUCACUUCUAGAGAAAAGCAAAGAGUUCUUGGUCAAUAAAUGUGUUUAGAUGCCCAUUCCCUUCACCAGUUAUGGGCUGUGUUCAUCCCAUGGUGACUCUUGGGGCAUCAGGUCCCUGGGCUACUCUGGAGAGCCAUUUGACCCCUCCCUAGACCAUGCAGAUUAGAGGUGAAAUCUCUGCAAGGGUGACUCCCAGAAAUACUGGGCUACCCUCAUCUGGGUAAAUAGAACACUGUAUUAUGCGUGCUUCUUACUUGAAACACUUCUCACUGGCUGCUUUAUAUCAAAGCCCACCUUCCCUCUGCAACCGUUGGCCUUCAGUGACAUCUGUCUGCAGCUCUCCCUGUAUGAGCCACCUGCCAGAGCCUGCCUGGUAAAUAACAGGACAUUCCUGUUUUUGAGUGGCUGGGGCAGCUGUACUCAUGAUGCUAUUAACCUUCCUGUGUGGGAAUCUAUAGGAGUGAUACAACACAUGGACAUUUAGAACUACUGUUUUGUUUUAGGUGUAUUAUUCUGUGAAAUGCUGGCAGAGCAGUUUGAUUUUUUAUUCUCGUUUUUUAACACUACAUUCCUUGAUUCAGGAGCUGGAUUUAGUAGUAAUUUUAAAAUCUAACUUUUUAUUUGCAAGUUGAUUUACAAUGUGUUUUGAAUACAUGACUGAGAUGUAUAAAUUUAAUAUUACUAAUAAAGUCUCAAGCACUUUAAGGUC